CCACUCAAAUCACUAACUCGCCGGAACAAGCCCCUUCUUAAGCCCAACCCCUUCAGGGUUGUUAUUUUUUAGGUUCAAAGUUCACAAGCAUUUACAGCUUGCAAAUUAACAAUCUGGUCGAAAGAAUACAAAUAAAAUGGACUUCAGAGAACUUAAGUAUUUCCUUACAGAUAAAAAAAUCCUUAUGCUGGCUGGAGGAGCAAGUUUAACUGCAGUUGUUUUGGGACUUGGGUAUAAGUACUUACUAAAGCCAGAGAAAGUUACCCGUGUCGGAAUUGUGUCACAGCUUCUCAUUCACCCACUUAAAUCGGGAAAAGCUGUAUCCGUGGCCUUAGCAGAAUGUCAAGAGAUUGGCCUGAAGUAUGGAGCACUUCAAGAUCGGCACUGGCUGGUGGUGACGGAGGAUGGUCAGAUGGUGACGGGCAGACAGCAGCCGCGCUUGGUCCUGGUGGCUUUGACCGUGGAAGGACAACAGGUGUGUCUGAACGCCCCGGACAUGGAGACGCUGACGUUCCCUGUCACACAGCCAGACAACGCCAUCAAGGACUGCAGAGUGUUCAGUGUGGACAUUCAAGGCAGAGACUGUGGUGAGGAGGUCUCUAGCUGGCUCACUCGGUACCUGGCUGCAGAGAAGGCUGUUCGCAUGGUGCACUUUGAACCCCAAAUGAACCCCAGGAAACCCGGAGAGAAAGAGCCUCUCUUCCCUCAACAAACAAAGAUUGCGUACCCCGACCUGGGGCCGAUCAUGCUGUUGUCUGAGUCGUCAGUGAACGACCUCAGCAGCAGACUGGACAGCAAAGUAACGGUGGCCAGGUUCCGACCCAGUUUAGUCAUCAGCGGAUGUGAAGCAUUCGAUGAGGAUUCCUGGGACGACAUCCAGAUUGGCAAAGUCCGACUGCAUCGUGUUAUGGCCUGUGGAAGGUGCAUUUUCACUACUGUGGACCCAGAGACCGGAGUAAUAAGCAGGAAGGAACCUCUGGAUACUCUUAAAAGCUACCGCCAGUGCAAGCCGGACGAGAGAAGCAUUUACAAAACGUCUCCUCUCUUUGGACAGAUGUACACGGUCAGGAAGACUGGCGUCAUGCAAGUGGGAGAUGUUGUGUAUAAGAUCAGUCGCUGAGAUGGUCACCUCACUUUGGAGGUUUGAUGGAUGAGAACAAGGAUUUGUCAGUCAACACAAGUAGUUCUUUAAGCACUUUAAUUGAGUAGUAACUGAAAGGAUCAACUAACAUUGGAGCUUUUGGGAAUGUUUUAGGGAGACGUUAGGAUGAGCUAACAUUAGGAAAGUAAAUAAAUAAUAAUGAAAUUGUGAA